AUGAAGUCAUCUACUGUCAUAUUGCUGGCAUCGGCCACUGUUGGCCAGGCUCUUCAGCAGUGCUCUGGCACUGCCAAAGAGGAGGGUGGAAACUGGUGGUGCGGCCUCGUGAACCAGAUCCUCUACUCCAACGUUGGCCACCCUGGGAGUUACAAGGCUGUCUCCAACAUGGGUGAAGACGGAUCUUGCAGCUUCGAGGAUGUCGCCUUCUCUGGUCCUCUGGCCCCCUUCAACGAAGAGCUUACCCCCCUCUUCCGUGGCCCCAUGAACCUCAAGCAGGUUGCCGUGUACAACCUUUCACCCAAGGCCAAGCGCUCUUCUUCUAUUUCUCAUACUCAUGCCCGCCGCCAUGGUCACCACCACUUGCACAAGAAGCAUGCCGAAGCCCACCAGCAUAAGGAGGAGAAGCGAGGUGGCGAUGUUUGGGUCACAGCCACAAUUGAUGGUAUUGUCCAGUCUUGGAUCAACACUUGGCAUGGCCCUACCCCCGAGGCCGCUCCUCCAGCCGAGACCCCCGUUGCUGCCCCCAUUGUCACUCCUAGCCCUACUCCCACUCCCGAGGCCCCCUUUGUGGCCGCCGCUGUUCCCAAACCCGCCAGCUCCAGCAAGGCCAAGGCUCCAUCAACUGGAAGCUCCGGUAGCGACUACACCCGUGUUGCCUACUACAAUGCCGACAAGGCUAUCGCUGACGGUAUUGUCUUCCUUGGCAACUACGGUGGCCAGGGCUCUGGAAAGUUUGACAACGUCUUCGGCAACUCCUUGUCCUACCUCAACUCCGAUGCGAGUGGUGGCGCUUCCUCGCCACAGGUCUUGGACCCUGUCUAUCUCCCUUCCAACAAGGAGUUCGCCAUUUACAGCGACAAGCAAUGCACUGACGGCAGCUGUGGAUACUACCGCCCCGGCUCUGUUGCUUACCACGGCUUCAAAGGCGAGGACUCCGUCUGGCUCUUCGAGCUGAACAUGCCCAUGGAUGGCACUAAGGGCUUUAAUGCCGACAUGCCAGCGCUCUGGUUCCUCAAUGCUCGCAUUCCUCGCACUGUUCAGUACGGCGCUUGCUCUUGCUGGCCCAACUGCGGUGAGAUCGAUGUCCUCGAGGUCCUCGCUCCCGGUGACACCAAAUGCAAGUCCACCUUCCACUCCAAUGUCCCUGGUGGCUCCUCUGACUACUUUGACCGCCCCACGAGCGAUUUUAUCAAAGUAGCUACUGUCUUGGACGGCGAAUCUGGUCAGGUCUCUGUCAAGAUUCUUGACAGCAGUGUCGAUUUCUCUACCGGUCUCACCCGUGAGCAGGUUGAGGGCUGGCUCUCCUCAGACUCUACGUCCGCCAAGGGCGGUAAGGUCAGCCUGUUCGCGCUUUCCAGCUAA